AAAAUUGUCUUCUAAAAGAAUUUAUAGAUGUGACGUGUAAUUUUGUAACUUAAGUUUAAAUAUUAACACCGAUAAUGUUUAAAUGCACAAAACGAUGCAUUUUUUUAAAGCAAUGUUCAUUGUCAGUGUUGCUUUUGCUUGUAAUAUUUUCAUUACCAAUAUUUUGUGUCAGUCACAGCCACGGUAGUGAAAAUCCGAGUUUUAAAUACUCUCGUGAAGCUAAUGAACAUUUUGAGGGGAAUUCACAUGAGAAUUUGGAACAUCACAAACAUGAUCAUAAUGAUGAACAAGGACAUGGUCACAUUCAUUCACACGAUAUAAAAGAGAACAAUAAUCACAAAGCGGAUAUGAGUGAAAUUUGGUUAUACUCAAUGGGUUCAACUUUAUUUAUUAGUGCUGUUCCGUUUUUGCUUCUUUUUGUUAUUCCACUGGACAACAGCGAGGCGAUGCGACCACGACUUAAAAUUCUUUUAGCUUUUGCAUCAGGUGGUCUCCUCGGUGACGCAUUUUUGCACUUAAUUCCGCAUGCUACAAACCCGCACCAUAGCCAUGACCAUUUUCAUGAAAGCUCCCAUGGUCACUCUCAUGAUAAUAGACACUCCCAUGAUCAUGACCAUAGUAAAGACACUGCAAUAGGACUAUGGGUUCUAGGUGGAAUUAUUGCAUUCCUUACUGUUGAAAAAUUAGUCCGUAUACUAAAGGGAGAAGUAAAUGCUCACCAUAGACACAGUCAUGGACCCAUUAAAACAAAAUCUCAGGAACAAAAAAUAAAUAAUGGUGGUGAUAAGAGUGCAGACAAAUCUAACAAAAACAACUUAAAAAAUAUCAAAAUUAAAAAAGAAUCAGUUGAAAUAUCGGGUUACUUAAAUUUGGCAGCAGAUUUCGCUCACAAUUUUACAGAUGGACUUGCAAUAGGAGCAUCAUUUUUAGCUGGUAAUAGUGUUGGUGUAGUGACUACAAUAACUAUUCUGCUGCAUGAAGUCCCUCAUGAAAUUGGUGACUUUGCAAUUCUAAUUAAAUCUGGAUGUUCACGUCGCACAGCUAUGCUUUUGCAGCUUGUGACAGCUCUAGGUGCUCUAUCUGGAACUGCAUUAGCAUUAAUAGGUGUGGGAGCGGAUGCUGAUGCUGCUCCUUGGGUCUUGCCUUUUACAGCUGGAGGUUUCAUUUAUAUUGCGACUGUGAGUGUGUUACCUGAGCUAUUGGAAGAAUCUACAAAGCUAGGUCAAUCAAUAAAAGAAAUAGCUGCGCUAUUGACUGGCGUUCUUCUCAUGGUAUUUAUUGCUAAUUUUGAAUAAAAUGUACUUGUAAUAGUUUCAAAUUAAAAUAAAAUAUAUUAAAUAUUCA